AUGGCAGUUUCAUCACAUCAUGUGGUUCUCUUCCCUUACAUGGCUAAAGGCCACACCAUCCCUCUCCUCCAAUUCGCUCGUCUACUCCUCCUUCACCACCGGGAACAACCAACCAUCACCGUCUUCACCACUCCCAAGAACCAAUCAUUCAUCUCCGACUUCCUCUCCGACACGCCGGAGAUCAAUGUCAUCUCGCUACCUUUCCCGGAAAACAUCUCCGGGAUCCCUCCCGGCGUAGAGAGCACCGACAAGCUACCUUCCAUGUCACUCUACGUCCCUUUCACACGCGCAACGAAGCUCCUCCAACCUUUCUUCGAAGAAACACUCAAGAAUCUUCCAAAAGUUUCCUUCAUGGUCUCCGAUGGAUUCCUCUGGUGGAUAUCGGAAUCAGCAGCUAAGUUCAAGAUUCCAAGAUUGGUCUUCUUCGGUUGGAACUCCUAUUCGUCAGCCGUUUCAAUCGCUGCCUUGAAACACAGACCGGAAAUUGAUUCUCAGACCGAACCGGUCACUUUGUCGGACUUUCCAUGGAUAAAGGUUAAAAAAUAUGAUUUCAACGUUAGUGACGAUCCGAAACAAUCUGCUCCAGCUGAAGAACUAUUCAUGGACCAGAUCAUGUCGGCUGAUACAAGCCAAGGUUUAAUAGUGAAUAGUUUCUACGAACUUGAGUCACCGUUCGUUGAUUACUACAACAGCUCUGAUAGGCCCAAGUCGUGGUGUGUUGGACCGUUGUGUUUGGUUGAUCCUCCUAAACCGCAUCGUGCUAAACCAGCUUGGAUUCAUUGGUUGGACCGGAAACGAGAGGAAGGACGUCCAGUUUUGUACGUGGCGUUUGGAUCGCAGGAAGAGAUAUCAAACAAACAACUUAAGGAACUAGCUUUAGGCUUGGAAGAUUCUAAGGUAAACUUUUUGUGGGUCACGAAAAAUGACGUGGGAGAGAUUAUUGGACAAGGAUUCAAAGAUGGAGUUAGUGAGAAUGGGAUGAUAGUGAGAGAUUGGGUGGACCAGUGGGAGAUAUUGUCACACGAGAGUGUGAAAGGAUUCUUGAGCCAUUGUGGAUGGAACUCAGCGCAAGAGAGCAUAUGUGUUGGGGUCCCAUUGUUGGCUUGGCCGAUGAUGGCUGAGCAACCACUCAACGCAAAAAUGGUAGUGGAGGAGAUAAAGGUCGGAUUAAGAGUUGAAACCGAGGAUGGGAGCGUGAAAGGAUUCGUGACAAGAGAGGAACUAAGUGGAAAGGUUCAAGAAUUAAUGGAAGGAGAAACGAGUAAAACGUUGAAAACGAAUGUGAGAGAAUACUCAAAAAUGGCAAAAGCAGCUUUAGUCCAAGGGACUGGUUCGUCUUGGAAGAAUUUAGAUUUGCUUCUUGAAAAAUUAUGUAAGAGUACAUAG